AUGGAACUUUCGCGGAAGUCCGUCCUGAUCACCGGGUGCACGCCCGGGAGCAUCGGGUUUGCACUUGCCACUGAGUUCCAGGCCAGAGGAUUCUAUGUCAUCGCGACAGUCCGCAACGCAGACCUGUUCGACGAAUUCGACCGUCACGGGAUAACCGCCUUACAACUGGACGUUGAUAAUGCAUCAAGCAUUGCUACUUGUCGAGAGAAAGUUGGUCAGAUGACUCAAGGCAAAUUGGAUAUUCUAGUAAACAAUGCCGGCCGUGGCCUUGUCACCCCAGCCAUCGAUACUGUCAUCAAUGACGCUCGGGCCGUCUUCGAAACUAAUCUUUUUGGAGUUAUGGCUAUGGUGCAGUCCUUUGUUGAUCUCCUCAUCCCUGCGCACGGACUCAUCAUCAACGUCUCGUCUGUGUCAGCGCUUGUGCCCUACGUGUUCGGCAGUGUCUACAGCGCCAGUAAGGCCGCUCUGGCCGCCUAUUCACGCACCCUGCGUCAGGAGCUGCGUCCAUUUGGUGUGCGUGUGCAGGUCCUCAUGGCAGGCACAGUGCAGAGCAACAUGGGCAGUUCCGUGCGUGGCGACUUGCCACCAGACAGUCUCUACGAGCCGGUGCGCCAUCUAUAUCUCGCGCGACGUGGCUUCUCGCAAAAAGCAUCGUCUCGGCCUAUGCCAACGGCUGACUUUGCUCGCGAGGUGGUGGACAGCGCGCUGCGUCCGGAGGUCCAUCCGUUGUGGAGGUUCUGGGGGCUUGGACGACCCGACUGGAUGUACUACGGUGGUAUGGCUCAAUUGCUGUACUGGGGAUCGGUUGUAGGUGAAUGGAUGCUGGACUUAGGGGCAUGGAGGAUGUUUGGGCUGAGCGAGCUAGAAAGGAUGGUUCAAAAGAAGAAUCAAUAG